CCCGCCAGCCCUGUUCCGCUUCCGGUCAACCAGGCGCUGGGCUACGGAAAGUUGUUGCUGCGGCGGGCGCGAUGGGGAAAUCAGACUUUCUUACCCCUAAGGCCAUCGCCAACAGGAUCAAGUCCAAAGGGCUUCAGAAGCUGCGCUGGUAUUGCCAGAUGUGCCAGAAGCAGUGCCGGGACGAGAAUGGCUUUAAGUGUCAUUGUAUGUCCGAAUCUCACCAGAGACAACUAUUGCUGGCUUCAGAAAAUCCUCAGCAGUUUAUGGAUUAUUUUUCAGAGGAAUUUCGAAAUGACUUCCUAGAACUUCUCAGGAGACGCUUUGGAACCAAGAGGGUUCACAACAACAUCGUUUACAAUGAGUACAUCAGCCACCGAGAGCAUAUCCACAUGAACGCCACACAGUGGGAGACGCUGACAGAUUUUACUAAGUGGCUGGGCAGAGAAGGCUUGUGCAAAGUGGACGAAACACCAAAAGGCUGGUAUAUUCAGUAUAUAGAUAGGGACCCUGAGACGAUCCGCCGGCAGCUGGAACUAGAGAAGAAGAAGAAGCAGGACCUUGAUGAUGAGGAAAAAACUGCCAAAUUUAUUCAAGAACAAGUGAGAAGAGGCCUGGAGGGGAGAGAGCAGGAAGUCCCUGUUUUUACGGAAUUAAGCAGAGAAAAUGAUGAAGAAAAAGUUACAUUUAAUUUGAAUAAAGGAGCAUGUAGUUCAGGAGGAGCAUCUUCCAAAUCAAGUUCUUUGGGACCAAGUGCUCUGAAGACAGUAGGGAACGCAGCAUCGGUGAAACGGAAGGAAUCUUCCCAGAGCUCAGCUCAGUCAAAAGAAAAGAAGAAGAAGAAAUCCGCACUUGAUGAAAUCAUGGAGAUUGAAGAGGAGAAGAAAAGAGCUGCCCGAACAGAUUACUGGCUCCAGCCUGAAAUUGUAGUGAAAAUUAUAACCAAAAAACUUGGAGAGAAAUAUCAUAAGAAAAAGGGGAUUGUUAAGGAAGUAAUUAACAAUUACACAGCUGUCGUGAAGAUGAUUGAUUCUGGAGACAAGCUGAAACUUGACCAGACUCAUUUAGAAACAGUAAUUCCAGCACCAGGAAAAAGAAUUCUCGUUUUAAAUGGAGGCUACAGAGGAAAUGAAGGUACCCUAGAAUCCAUCAAUGAGAAGACUUUUUCAGCUACUAUAGUCAUUGAAACCGGCCCUUUAAAAGGACGCAGAGUUGAAGGAAUUCAAUAUGAAGACAUUUCUAAACUUGCCUGAGUUUGAAAAUUUGUUAACAGCACAUUAAAACCUUAAAGCAUCAAAUUGGUGUUCACGAAGGCAUUACAAGACUCUACUGUGUUAGGGUGUUUCUUUUGUAUAAAACAAAUGGAUUUAUUUAAAUAUUACUGUAUAGUUGUUUAGCUAAACUUACAGAAAAAUCUAGUUAUGUCCCAUGAAGUAUCAAAAUUGUGUAAUUUUGUCUUUGUUAUUUUUAUUUCCUUUGUAAUAUUUCCUUGAUGAUUUUUUAUCUUCAUUAAAAGAACGUUAUUGU